ACACACGGAGUUUCAACAGCCCUGAUCUCCUCCUGUCGUCACGGGGAGGAGGCGGGAGCUACUGAACGGGCAAAGGUCCAUAGAGGAGCCGGGCAUGUUCAAACAUAUCCAGGCAGACCAGCCUACCAGCCUCCACGGCGUGUUGUCAUUGCGCACUGACUGUAGACUACUUUAUGGCAGCAUGAUAUGAUAUCUGUGGAGAGGUGCGAGCGUGUGUUGUACAGUUAUCGUACGGGGCCAUCACUAAGAAUGGAAUGAUAUGCUAUCCCUUGGGAGUACUUCUGGAGUAGUACUAUCACACGAGACGCGCAUUUAAUGGCUCUGUCUUGACGCGCGCCGCUGCUGAAGACUCAACAUAUCUCAAGCCGAGGCUCCGAAGUCUUUUGGCUCAGCGUGGCCAUGUCUGCCCCGACCAAAGUGAUGAGAGACGGGCUGCUGGAGAAGCGCAGCAGCGGGCUUCUCCAGCUGUGGAAGAAGAAGCGCUGCGUGCUGACCGAGGAGGGGCUGCGCUUGAUCAACUGCAAAGGCGGCGGCGACGACGAUGCUCCGGGCUCGGCGUGGAGCUCCAAAGCCAAGGAGCUCCUCUUCGAGCGCAUGGCCACGGUGGACUGCGUGGAAUACAAGCGGGGGCUCGUGUACUUCACAGUGGUCAUGGCCACGGGAAAGGAAAUUGACUUUCGGUGUCCUCAGGAGGGCACGGCGUGGAACGCGGAGAUCGCGUUGGCACUGGUGCGCUACAAGAACCGGCAGGCAGUGCAGACCGGGAGGAAGCGGCACCUGUCCACAUCCCACCUAGGCAGCACCGGGGAGGACGAGGAACUCUGACUCGGCCACGCACUCCUGCUUCCUGGGAGCAAACCAAUGAAAACCGGGAAAGGGCAGCGAUGACGAGGUCCACUGGCGUGUUUCUGCGGCGCACAGCAUGAUGGGAUGUAGAUAAAAAGCCACCAGUAAAUAUGGGUCAAAGGACUGAGAACAAAUGUCACACUCUUCUUGUGUACCCUCUCGAGCACAUUCAGUACAAUGUAGAAGAAUCUGAUAACCAUGUACAUAAGCGUUUUCUCUGUCAUGACACCAUUGCUUGAGGUCAAUAUGGAGACUCUGACAUAAGGAAACGGUGGAGCUGGAACUCUGUUUACCCUUGGUGCCUUGAUGUGUCAAAUAUUUCUAUUUUGGACAUACUUUUACAACAUUCUGUUACUUUUUUUUUUUAUAAGCAAAGCUGAACCAGGCAUCUUUUUUUUGAGUCUUGCUUCAUUUUUUUUUUGUUUUUGUUACAGACUAACCAGAUCUGCAUGGCUUUCUAAACAUGAAGUACGUCGUUCAUAAAACCAUUGUGUUCUGUGUACAGUAUUACACCUGUGGAAAAAAAAAAAGUGACAAUACAUUUUUGUAAUCCUGAUGUGCAGGUACAUGUCA